GAUCCGCCAUUAUAGAAAAGAAGAACAAAGCUAAGCUAGAAAACUGCUGCAUUGUCCCAUUCCAGCUAAUAUUUCAGUAACAAUGUCUUCAGUUCAGCAUCUCAGAGAGUUUAUCAGAGAGAGACUAACUGCUGCUGCUCAAGAAAUCUUCACCGAGGUUGAAAAAACCAUCAUUUGCUACGAGGAAGAGCUCGAUGCUCAGCGCAGAAUGAUGGGGAUCAACUGGAAACCAGAAAUUAAGCUACACAGAAUCGGUUCGGAGCUGCAGAGACAAAGUUCUGUUCCCACAGACCUCCAACAGCCAAGUGUCUCCAAUGAGGAGGAAGCUUCUGCCAUUCUACAAAUCUGUAGCAAAGUUAGUAGGUCCAGUCUGGACCAGAAAGAAGCAGAACAUCAGUGGACUGAAGAGGAACAGAUGGAACUAGAAUCAAAAUGGAUUAAAAAAGAAGAGGAUGAACUAGAACCUACACUGCUCAAAGAUACAGAAAUAGAAUAUCCACUAACGUAUGUAAGAAAAGAGGAACUAGAUUGUUCAGUCCUUCAACAUGAACAGCAGCCACCAGAACAUUUACCAACUGGACAGAACCAGAAGAACCUCUGCAGCAGUCAGGAGGGAGAGCAGCUUGUCCAGAAGCAGUUUGUUGCUUUGAUUGAGACUUCUACUCUUCAGGAAGAUGAUAUGAAUGAAGAAGAGAGAAGAACAGAGCAGCUUUCCCUUCAUAUCUCUCCUGUGGUUGAGAGCAAAGAUCAGGAAGGAAGCAGCUCCUCUGAGUAUCAGUCUGAUACCAGUACAAAGAAAAGACCUUUCAAAUGUGACAUUUGUGGGAAAUGUUACAAAAAACCGUGUAUAUUGAAAAUCCAUUAUAAAAGCCAUACUGGUGAGAGACCUUUUUCAUGUGAAACAUGUGGGAAAAGCUUCUCUCUAAGUUAUGUUUUAAAAAGUCACAAGAUGAUUCAUACAGGAGAGAAACCGUUUUCAUGCCAGUCAUGUGGAAAGAGUUUCUCUCGAAUAAGUAAUUUAAAGGACCACGAAAGAAUUCAUACUGGUGAGAGGCCUUUUUCAUGCCAUUCAUGUGGAAAAAGUUUCUCACGAAUUAGUCAUUUAAAUCGUCACAACACAAGUCAUACAGAUGAGAAGCUAUUUUCAUGCCAGUCUUGUGAAAAAAGCUACAAUCGAAGGGAUAAUUUGAUCAUUCACAUGAGAACCCAUACAGGUCAAGGGCCACUUUGACGCCAAACCUGUGAAAAAGGGAACCCUAACCUUAACCUCCCCCUUUGAAAUUGGUCACUUAAUUAUUCUCAUUAGAACCCACAUGAAUAAGAUGGGUUUUUCACAUGAAAUAUGAAGAAAAAAGUGUUCUUUCAUGCUGGUAAACUGAAUUUCCACAUAACACAAAUACACAAACGUGAGAAUUAGUCACUAACUCGCACAGAUUCACUGUAAUAAAUAUUAAAUCCUGUCUUGGAUUGUUUCACUUUGCAAAACAUUAGACCUUCUCCUAUAUUUGGUUGUCCAUUUAAGUAAUUAGAAUACUGGUUUCAACUGGUUUGGAAGUGGAAAUAUUAAAGGUCUAAAAUACUUGACAUGCUACUGGCUGACUUCAGAUUUCCAGCACGGACGUCUGCAAGUCAAAUGUUUGUCAUGAGAAACGUAAAAAUUUUCAUGCUUUGCUGAAGAAUUUCAUGUCUAAAUUUAUGUCCCACUUGGAUGUAACAAACAACUUAAUAAAAGCUGUAACAACUAUCAGAUAUAGAUA